UUCAAAGAGCAAAAAAUAAAAAAUAAUAAUCUUGGGUUAAUUAGCUCUUAUAUAUUACUAUGAUUCUAUGAAUGAUUAUUCUUUAAGCCACACUGCUAGUAGUUGCAUGUAACAAUCUAAUUUCUUCAAAAUUUGAUGUGUUUUUUUUUUUUUCAUUCUCUUUGAGUUUUAUUUGUGAUUUGUCGCUCCAUGGAUGUACAUGCCCCUUAAAUUUUGAGCAUUCUAUAAGGGAAACAGAAAUUAAGGGGUCUUCUCCCCUUUUUGUGGGCUGGAUCUUGUACUUAUGGAACUGUCACCUCUGACCAAUUUGAUUUUCUUCUGAUCACCACCUCCUGGUUAAAAAGCAAGCAAACUUUGGUGAUCUGAAUUUUGUCCCUUUCUCUUUCUCUCUCUCUCUUCCUUAUUUCACCGUUUUUGGGAACAUGAUCAUGGAAUGAAUGCUUCAUAUUUUGUCCUUGCAGUGUAGUUUGUUGGGUAUAAUAAACAUCUGUUUUUUUUCUUUUCUGAGUCAGAUUCACAUAUCACAUAUCACAUCAUCAAAUCCAUGGAGGAGAGGAAGAAGUAUGUGUGCAAGUAUUGCAGCAAGAGGUUUCCUUGUGGGAAGUCUCUGGGGGGUCACAUCAGGACCCAUAUUAUGACUGAAGAAAGAAGCAACGAUGUUGUUGUUGUUGAUGGUGAUGAUAACAAUGACAACAUGUUCAUCAAGUUGGAUGGUACUGUGAUGAGGAAUAAUAAGAAGAGAGAUUUGUUAUGGUGUGAAGAUAAUAACAACCCCAUUUAUGGCCUCAGAGAGAACCCCAAGAAAACAGUGAGGUUUGUGCAUUCUGGUGGUGGUGCCAAUGCCAACAACAAUGAACAGCAACAGAAUAAGGAGGAUAAGAGGUUCUGCAAAGAGUGUGGGAAAGGUUUCCCAUCACUGAAGGCUCUCUGUGGCCACAUGGCUUGUCACUCAGAGAAAGAGAAGAGAACAACAACAACAACCAUCAAGUUUGAAGAAGAGAAACUGGUUAUGGAUAGUCGUUCUGACACCGAGACUUGUGCUCCAACAACUCAUCCAAGGAGAUCCAAGAGAAUGAGGGUGAAGAAGACCAUUAACCUUUCCAAUCACAACCCUUUUUUUUCUUUUUCUUCUUCUUCUUCUUCUGGUGUUGUUCCUUUGGCCAAUGGUUCUUCACCUGUGUCAGAGGUGGAGCAGGAGGAGCAAGAAGAGGUGGCUAGGUGCUUGAUGCUGUUGUCUAGAGAUUCUAGCUUCAACUUCAAGGGUGGUCGUUUUGCUUCGGUUACUGAAUCUUCUGAUAACAACUCGGUUAUUCUAGAAGCAAAAUUAUCAUCUCCUGAUACCCGGAUUGGUGUCAGCAAUGGUAAUAAUAACAACAACUUUGUCUCUAAUAAUCAUGCUUAUGAUCUUGUGGCGAAGAAGUUGCUUAAGGUUAAGGAUAUUAAGUUUAAGUCUGCUGAGUUUGGUGCUUCUGAUAAUUAUUCAGGUUCUAGAUUUUUCAGAUAUGGUCCCAAAACCAAAAUGGUAGACUCAGAUUUCUCGAAUGAUGAAUUCAGGUGGUCCAAAGUGGAGGGUAAGUCAAGCAAGUACACUGCAUCUGUAGUGAAGAAAUUAGGGGUGGAAGAUUUGGAUUAUGAUACAACACAUGGAACUACAAGGAAGUUUGAUUCAAUAAAGAGGAACAACUAUGAUUUAGUUGGUGUUUCUAGCAAGAAGAUAGCAAGUGGUUUUGGCAAUGAGGUAUAUAAGAAUGGCACAAGAGGUUGGAAGUAUGAGUGUUUUGAAGUUGAAAGGGACAACGAUUCUUAUGAUUCAAUAGAUGAUGAGAGUAAUGAAAACAGUUCAGAGACUGAAUCUUUUCCUGCUCCAAGGUCUCAUCAUAAGAGUAAGGCUCUCAAUGGAAAGAAAUGCACAAAGCCCAAGAAGAAGUUGAAGCCUUCUAAGAAAAGCAAGGAUCAUGAGUGUCCAAUCUGCUACAAAAUUUUCAAGUCAGGCCAAGCCUUAGGGGGUCACAAAAGAUCACAUUUCAUUGGAGGUUCUGAAGAAAACACUAUGGUGAUCAAACAAGUUCCUUACUUUAUUGAUCUCAAUCUACCUGCUCCUGUUGAUGAAUAGGGAAAUUGGCAUCCUGGGUUUUGCAUCAUUUGGAAGCAUUGAGGUACUACUUAGAAUGUUUUUGUCUUUAUCCCAUAUGAUAAAAGCAAUUUGCAUUGUACAGCCAUGCGGGUAAAAUGAUUUUCGUUCUUAACGCUUUUACUAUGCUUUAUUUGGUAGGAGGUCGCUGUUUUCUUUCAAGUUAAUGGCACAUGACAAUUUGGUAGUAUCUCGGUUGAAAUAUUUGAAAUUUGACUCUUCCUAUACCCAAGAAUAUUCUCAGAAUUACAUUCCUUUGCUGCAAAUAACAAUUUUAC